CUCCUUUUGGCAGAAGUCCUUCAAUUCUGUCGCUAUUGUAAUUGAGAUGUGUUAGGAUAUAUUUAAUUAUGGCUUUAUAAACAUUUUGGAGCAUUUAUUCCUGCAAAACUGUCCCGUCUGGCAAACAUUCUCUGAGGGUGAUGACGUGUAGAAAACAAAACACUUCUCCUGCCAGCAAGUAGUGUCUGGUGGUUGUCAGAAGCUGUGAAAUUGGAGGUUGGGAUUUUACUACUGUUUUGUUUGUGUGAUUUGUCACCGUGAAUGUGUUUUCGUUAGAGCUAAAGUUUUGCGAAUAUUUUAUCCUUGUUGGAGAAUAUUGGGAAUUGUAGAAGAAAAUGAAUGCCUUCAAACGUGACAAAAAGGAGGAAGAAGAAGGUGGCGGAAAUCCAUUUCAAAAUAUUGAAAAGACAACAGUGUUACAAGAAGCUCGUACUUUUAAUGACACUCCUUUAAAUCCUAGGAAAUGUGCACAUAUAUUGACAAAAAUACUUUAUCUCUUAAACCAGGGUGAGCAGCUUGGUACUAUGGAAGCAACAGAAGCUUUCUUUGCAAUGACAAAAUUGUUUCAGUCUCGUGAUGUAAUUUUACGGCGUAUGGUUUAUCUGGGAAUAAAAGAACUGUCAUCUAUUGCUGAAGAUGUUAUUAUUGUUACAUCUAGUUUGACAAAAGAUAUGACUGGUAAAGAAGAUCUGUAUCGGGCAGCAGCUAUAAGAGCAUUAUGUAGUAUUACAGAUGUGAGCAUGCUGCAGGCUAUUGAGCGGUAUAUGAAACAAGCUAUUGUUGAUCGCAACCCAGCUGUGAGUAGUGCUGCACUUGUAAGCAGUCUCCAUCUUACGAAAAUUGCUGGUGAUAUGGUGAAAAGAUGGGUAAAUGAAGCUCAAGAAGCGGUUAAUUCUGACAGCGUGAUGGUCCAGUAUCAUGCUCUAGGUGUAUUAUAUCACAUCCGGAAAUCAGAUCGUCUUGCAGUUACCAAGCUUGUGGCCAAAUUGACCAGAAACUCACUCAAGUCUCCUUAUGCAGUCUGCAUGUUGAUCCGAAUUGCCUGUAAACUUUUGGAAGAAGAAGAUUCAAAUGGAAACAGUUCUCCUGAUUCACCACUUUUUGAAUUUAUUGAAUCCUGUCUUCGUCACAAAUCUGAAAUGGUCAUCUAUGAAGCAGCUCAUGCAAUUGUCAACUUACGCCGAACAACAUCAAGGGAAUUGGCACCAGCUGUCAGUGUUUUACAGUUAUUUUGUUCUAGUCCAAAACCUACACUUCGUUUUGCUGCUGUGCGAACUCUUAAUAAAGUUGCUAUGUCUCAUCCAGCUGCUGUAACUGCUUGCAACCUUGAUUUGGAAAAUCUUAUUACUGAUUCGAAUCGCUCUAUUGCAACAUUAGCUAUCACAACACUUCUCAAAACAGGAGCAGAGAGUUCUGUUGAUAGACUCAUGAAGCAGAUAGCAAGUUUUGUGAGUGAAAUCAGUGAUGAAUUCAAAAUUGUGGUUGUACAGGCUAUACGUGCACUGUGUUUGAAGUUUCCUCGUAAGCACAGUGUUUUAAUGAAUUUUCUGUCAGCCAUGUUGAGAGAUGAAGGUGGACUCGAGUACAAGGCUUCCAUAGCUGACACUAUUAUCACCAUAAUUGAAGAAAAUCCAGAAGCAAAAGAAACUGGAUUGGCUCAUUUAUGCGAGUUUAUUGAAGACUGUGAACACACGAGUCUUGCUGUGCGUAUUCUUCAUUUGUUGGGUCGAGAAGGACCACGCACACGUCAACCUUUCAGAUAUAUUCGUUUCAUAUACAAUCGUGUUAUAUUGGAAAAUGCUCCUGUUCGUGCCGCAGCAGUUGCUGCAAUGGCACAGUUUGGUGCAACUUGUCCUGACUUGCUUCCAAAUGUUCAAGUUUUGUUGGCUCGAUGCCAGAUGGACACAGAUGAUGAAGUUCGUGAUCGAGCUACAUAUUAUCACAGCAUUUUGGAAAAACAGAACAAAGCUCUGUCAAACCAUUAUAUUGUGGAAGGCUUACAGGUGUCUGUCCCAAGCCUGGAGAGAGCAUUACAUCAGUACACUUUGAAUCCUUCUGAGACCGCAUUUGACAUAAAGUCAGUUCCUCUGGCUGCAGUGACUCCUGCAGAUGAAAAUGCCAACAAGAUGACAGCAAAUGCAGGAGGAAUGUUGAUAACACCUGCAUUACCUGGGAGCAAGGCAGCUGUUGCAGCUGCUACUGCAAAUACUGUCACCCGAGAGGAGACAUAUUUGGAAAAAUUGCGAGCUGUACCUGAAUUAGCAAAUCUUAGUAUUUCCCUCUUCCAUAGCUCAGAUCCAGUUGAAUUAACUGAAUCAGAAACAGAGUAUGUUGUUCGAUGUGUGAAACACUGUUUCCCAGAACAUUUAGUCCUGCAGUUCGAUUGCACAAAUACCUUAAAUGACCAGUUAUUAGAAAAUGUGCAUGUUCAACUUGAGGCUCCUGACGGGUACCACAUAGUGAGAUCAGUUCCGUGUGCACGACUCCCAUUUAAUGAAACUGGUUCCACCUACAUAGUUCUUCAGUAUCCUGAUGAAUUACCAGCUUCUGUUGGCACUUUUAGUGCAACAUUGAAGUUCUUGGUUAAAGAUUGUGAUCCAGCGACUGGACAGCCAGAUUCAGAUGAAGGUUAUGAUGAUGAAUAUAUGGUAAGUUCAAAGAAGCUGUGUUGUUUAGGAAAGGGAACUAAGGUGACUCUGGCGGACCAAGUCCAGAAGGUCAGCAAAACAAAUUUUGGAUCUGCCUGGGAGGAGGCAGCUUCAACUCAUUCAGAACUUGAAGAUACAUAUUCACUGUCUACCAUGGGUACUUUAGAAGAAGCUGUGCGUAAUAUCAUUAACUUCUUAGGACUUCAACCUGCUGAACGAAGUGAUAAAGUACCAGAAGGAAAAAGUUCACAUACAUUGUAUUUAGCUGGUGUAUUUCGUGGAGGCCAUGAAGUGCUUGUUCGUGCCAAACUUGCUCUUGCAGAGGGAGUAACAAUGCAGCUUACAGUUCGGUCUACUGAUCCAGAUGUUGCAGAAUUAGUGACAUCUACAAUUGGUUAAGAAUUGUAACAUUGUAUCUAUAAAGGUAUGAAUUUAAACUUUGAAACAUUUCAUGUGAAUUUAUUAUUGUGUAUUUUGCAAAAUAAUUUUGAAAUUAAUGUUAAUAUAGAUGAAAUAUAUUGGAGAAUAGUGUUGUAAAAGAGUGCAUUGUUAUUUGUUCUUCCCAUUUGUCACGAUCUUGGUUCCUGCAAGUUUUGACUGAGGUCUUACAGGUUCCAAAGAACAACAUUACCUUUAUGUUGUUUGGAAUAACUAAUUUGGUCCUUUUGAAAAUGCAGAAUUCUUGAACUGUUACUGCAUAAAUACGCUUUUAUUAGAGACCAGCUGGUAUGGUAAUAAACAAUGAUUGCCAUGUUAGCCUCCUGUGACUGGCAACAUAAUUUUUUUAUUAGAUUAUGUAAUUUGCUUAAUGGAAUGGAUUUGAUGAUACAUUGUGACCCGAGUAUAUUUCCUAUAAGUCUAGUGGCUGAUAAGCUUUUGCAAGGGCUACUGAUUCUUUGUUCUUUUUGAAAUGUUCUUGAAUUGGAGAAACUUCUAAUUUGGGUUUGGUAUUAAUUGUACUCCUGGAUAACGGUUACGUAAUGCAUUUUCGUGGGUGCUUUUGCAUAUUUCAUUUGUCUCUUGUCAACCAGAGGCAAAAAUAUCAACUUACUUAAAUGAAAUUCAGCUAGACAUAAAUACCAGUAAAAAUCAACUACUCAACAGCAAACCAUCAAAUUAUGAAUUUGAGUUUCAUAACUGAGAGUCUUCUAUGACUGCAUCCAGUCAAUUUACGGUCUCAUCAUCAAUUUACGUUUUUAUUAUAAUAUUUACUUAUUGUUGUAAAUAUUGGGCAAACCUUCCCAAGAAUAUAUAAAUAAAUCCUUGUUAAUAAAUAUUUUAUUUAUUUUGUUCUAUCAAGAUCAGUACAAAUGGAUUUGAAAUCAGUUGCAAGUUCAACUAGUGUUGCUUCAGAAUGGCACAGACUUUAUCGUAUUAGUUUUCAAAUUUCUUUGAUCUGGGCUAGCUUUAUGGUCUUGCUCCAUCCUCUUGCCAGCUGCGA